AUGGCUCUGAACCAGCGGCCAGGCAGGAUCGAUCAUUGGCGGCCGGCGUCGUCCUCGAACGGCGGCGGGCGCAGUGACGACGAGCGAUCAUCCGGACGGAAGCUUCUUCUUCUUCCUCGACUCGUUCCUCCUCGAUCGUCCUUCUCGUCUUGGGCGAAAUGGUUGAUCGGCUCCGCAUUGGCUCUGCUGAUUCCCCUGUGGAAGAAGGGGUGGCCCGCCUUGCUGCGAAUAGAGGAGGAGGUGGAGAAGGUGGCGGAUGCGGCGGAGGUGGCGGCGGAGGUGGUGGAGCAGAUCGCCGGAGUGGUGGAGAAGGUCUCGUCGGAGGUGGCGGAGAAACUUCCGGAAGAGAGCAAGCUGAAGGGCGCGGUGCUGCUGGUCGAGCAGGUGUCGAAGGAAGCAGCGGAGGAGGCCCAAGCUGCUAGAGACAUCAUCCACAAGGUGAAUGAAGUGAGGCAGGAGGUGGAGAAGAUUACUCUCGACGCCGGAAAGGAAGAUCACAAAAAAUAGACAUCGGAAUUGAAUAAGAUGUGUUCGUUGGGAAUUUGAUUCGUGG